UUCCUUCUUUUUCCAUCUAUCGCCAUUAUUUUACGCCUUCCAAUAAACUAACUAUGCCACCUUAGGAAUGUGAACAGAAGACACUACAAUGGAGAGAGAAACCUAGGCGUGGAAACAACAAACUCCUCCACCACCCUCUUAAAUCAAGUCUCUUUAGCCAUUUCUUACCAUUUUUCAAUCAAAAUACACCCACUCCUAUCUACAAAAUCUCAUCUUUUUCCCUUCCCAAUCAUCCACAAAACUCACCACUCACCCAUCAAACACAAAACCAUGUCUAUUUUCUAUCUUUUUUCCACUUUUCCCAAAUGAAAAAUACCCUACCUUUAUAUUUAUUUUGCUAUGAUCACUACACAAAAAUACCGGCUUUUCUGGUUCUACUUAGUAGCGGCUGAAUUCAUAUUUUUCAUUCCAUUAACCAGUACCCAAUUGCAGCAUCACGAGUGCCGCCAAACAUGCGGUUCCUCCGAUCCUUUCCCUUACCCUUUCGGAUUCUCCUCCGGAUGCAUAAUCCGUUUGAAUUGCACCGCCGGAAGAGCCUCCGUCGGAGAAUUCCCCAUCGAAAAGGUGAGCACAUACAGCAUAAUCGUCAACAUCGAAGCUCAGUGCAGUCGUCCGUUCGAUAGUUUUGGCCAACUCUUCAGCCACAAAUACGCGCCCACUUUGCGAAACGUGAUUCUGUUGGAGAACUGUACCGGAACUCCCUUGCCCUUUCCCUGCUCCAUUUCGGGGAAUCUGGUUCGGACCCACUUCGAAUCCGUGGGAUGCAACGGCACAGUAGCGGACAAUUUGACUUGCUACUUCGAGAACAAAACAAGCGGUUUCGUGAAUCGCCGAGAAUUGGAGUCUUCCGGGUGCAAGUACUUCAUGUCAUCUCUUUCAUUCCCAGAUGUUACAGACGUCUCCGGUGAGCCUCUGUCUUUGGAAGUAAAUACAAUCGAACUUGGAUGGUGGGUCCAGGGAGAUCGAUGUCUGUGUUCCGAUCACGCCAAUUGUACCAACCUUCAAUCCCCGGUGGACGGAAAGCCCGGUUUCCGCUGUGGCUGCCGCGACGGCUUCGUCGGCGACGGGUUUUUGGCCGGAACAGGUUGCCAGAAAGCCUCGUCAUGCAACCCAGCGAAGUACUUAUCUGGCCGAUGUGGAGGAACAACCAGAUUCAUUGUCUUAAUCGGAGGGUUUGUUAUCGCCGUUUCACUGAUUAUCACUGCGGCUUCACUAUGCUGUUUCUUCCGCCGGCGCACCAAACUGAAAGUCACAAAGAGCACAAAAAGACGAUUAACCGAAGCCACCGGAAACAAUGGUGUUCCUAUCUAUCCCUACAAAGACAUUGAGAGAGCCACGAAUAGUUUCUCAGAGAACCAACGGUUGGGAACUGGGGCGUACGGCACAGUUUAUGCAGGGAAAUUGUACAGCGAUGAAUGGGUUGCCAUCAAAAGAAUAAAACACAGAGACACUGACAGUAUUGAACAGGUAAUGAACGAGAUCAAGCUCCUGUCCUCUGUGAGCCACACCAAUUUAGUUCGCUUGUUGGGUUGCUCCAUUGAAUACGGAGAACAAAUCCUGGUGUACGAGUUCAUGCCCAAUGGAACACUGAGUCAGCACUUGCAGAAGGAGAGAGGACAAGGUCUUCCUUGGUCCGUUCGACUCACCAUUGCCACUGAAACGGCACAAGCCAUCGCGCAUCUUCAUUCAGCCAUUAAUCCCCCCAUUUACCACCGAGACAUCAAAUCCAGCAAUAUACUUUUAGACCACAAUUUCAGGUCAAAAGUGGCAGACUUUGGUCUUUCUAGACUUGGAAUGACUGAAAUAUCUCACAUUUCAACUGCCCCACAGGGAACUCCUGGCUAUGUGGAUCCACAAUAUCAUCAAGAUUUUCACCUCUCUGACAAGAGCGAUGUUUAUAGUUUUGGUGUUGUUCUAGUUGAGAUCAUAACGGGACUAAAAGUGGUAGACUUUUCACGUUCUCCUAAUGAAGUGAACUUGGCUUCUCUUGCUGCAGAUAGGAUUGGAAAAGGGCUUUUGGAUGAGAUUAUAGACCCAUUCCUUGAACCCGAAACAAGAAGUGACGCUCGGACCCUUUCCUCCAUACACAAGGUGGCUGAGUUGGCAUUUAGAUGCCUAGCGUUCCACAGGGACAUGAGGCCUUCGAUGACGGAAGUGGCUUGUGAGUUGGAGCAACUUAGGUUGUGUCAAUGGACAACAUUGGGAGACAACAAUUGUGCAACCUCAACGGAGUUGUCCUCUUGCUCUUCCUCAUCCAAUGAAAGUGAGAAACCACUGAGUACCACAACGAAGAACGUUGGAGAAAAGGGUAAAGGGUACCUUAAUAUUCAAACUAGGCCUAUUGGUUUGAAAUCAUUACAAAGGCCUAAUAUUAAUUCACCAGUCUCGGUGCAAGACCAAGAGUUAUGGUUGAGUGAACAGAGUUCUCCUUCAUCAAAUAGUUUUCCAAGCAAGUCAUUUGAUUGAGACAAGAUCUAUGGUUCUUUAUUUCAUCCAAUAGUUUGCUUGUAUAUCAUUUUAGAAUUACCUCAAAUGAUGCAAACAAAGUUAAACAAUGAUGAAUUCAUCUCUCACUAAGGUGGGAAGGACAUGUUUUUUUUAACAUGGAUAAAAU